AUGGCCUGGCAGGACGACAUCCGCACCGCGCUCCUCGCUCGAGACGCGCGCGAAAAGCACCACGCGCCUCUCAUUGCCCACUACCACCGCCUCGCUCAGCACACGGUCAACCUCAAGGACCGCAACUCGGCCCUGCUCCACGCAGGACGCACGCCAUCCGGCACUGCAGCACCUCCAGACGCACUGCGAGCCGCCCUCGUCACCUCGCUCGAGCAGCAACUCGCUCAGGCCCGCGCCGACCUCUCGGAGCAGUACCGCGUCCAGUCGACCAACGCCCAGCGCCUCCUCGCCCUCACCGACAGCCUGCGCGACCAGGAGGACCGCGGCCGCGACGAGCGCGACGAGCUCAGGCGCCUCCGCACAGAGGUCGACGGCCUGAGGGAGCGUGCAAAAUGGCACAAGGAGAUCGUCCAGGAAAAGGAACGCCAGCUCGUCAUCCUCCAAGACGAGCACCAGUCGCUCGAGCUCGAGCUCUCGCAGCUCGAGCUGCAGAACGACAACCUCAAGACGGACAACGCCGCGCUCCUCCAACGCUGGCUCGAGAGCAAGGCGCACGAGGCCGACCGCAUGAACGAGGCCAACGCGUUCCUCGAGGAGGCAAAGCGCCUCAAGGCCGAGGUCGCGGCGGCUCAGGCGGCCGCGGCGACUGCGACGGGCGAGAGCGCAAAGGGCAAGGAGCGGGCGCUCGAGGAGGCGCUCGCGGGCGAGUGA